AUGCUGAAAGAGAUUGUGACGCCGCCGCUGCUCAAGACGCGCUCGAGGGACCCGCUCGAGAGCUCGUGGCGGAAGCACAUGAGGCAUGGACAGUGGGUCCCCGACAUCUCUGUGGACACGUGCAUGCUCUGCCGCACCGAGUUUGGCUUCUGGAUACGUCGUCACCACUGCCGUCGCUGUGGGGCUGUCGUCUGUGACGGAUGUUCGAGUAGCCGCACCAAGUUCAUAUACAAGGAGAUCAGUCCGAAACAACUAGCAGAAGAAGACUGCCGCGUGUGCGACGCGUGCAUCCAAGUGAUCGACGAGAAGCUUGCGCUAAGUGUGAGUCGACGGCUGGACAAACGCGUGGGAGCUGCAGUCAAGAGUCAAGGUGCGAAUGGCGAUCAGCAGCUGAAGGAUCAGGAGAAAGCUGCCCCGCUGGAGGCAGACAAAGCAGGCAAUCGCACGGUCAUGACCGUGGGUCGAUACAGAGCGGAGAUCAAGGAGUCGGAAGGGAAUCGAUACAUCCGCGAUCCCGAUCUAUGA